AAAUGAGUACUCGUUGUUUUAAACAGCGUAAAUGAAGUUAGGAAAGAGCUAUUUAAGUUUCGUGUUGGCUGUCGGUUUUGUUUUGUCAGGAAACUGGAAGGAAAGUCGUGCAAGGCAAGUCAAACUUGGUGUUUUACUGCCUUGGUCCGGAAGUUGGCCACUUGCUCAGAGAAUGGCUGAAGUCAUCCCGAGAACUAUUGAGGAUAUUAACAGAAAUAAGAGCCUUCUUGGCAACAAUAAUCUGACUUUUGUAUGGAGAGACACGAGGAACCAAGCAAGCCAAGGAUUGUGGGCUAUGGUGGAUUUGUGGAAGAACGAGAAUCUUUUGGUAGAUGCCUUCAUUGGACCGGUGUUCAGUGUUAUUUGCGAGCCUUGUGGGCUUUUAGCAGAACGAUUAAACCUUCCAAUGAUUUCCUGGGGAUGUUCAAGUCAAAGGCUCUCAAAUAAAAAUUUGUAUCCAACGUUCGCGAGAACGAAGACUUAUGGUCGUACUAACCUUUUAAACACAUCUCGUGCAAUGGCAAGCGUGUUAAGACAUUUUAAAUGGAAGCGUGUGUCUUUAUUUCAUUCUUCUGAAAGCGUGUGGACUGAUCUGGCCCUAAAGAUGAAUAGUGAACUUGAAAGGAGCGAUAUAAAAGCCAAUAAGCUGAUGUUUUCACCAUUUUUGCCACAAACUUAUGAUUGUCUUUUAAAAGACGCAAGGGAAAAAGCUAGAGUGUUCAUUCUGCUAUGCUACAUGAAACAGGUAAAACAAAUCAUCAUGGCUGCCAAGAAUCUCAACAUGACCAACGGUGAUUACGUAUUCGUGACGUCAGACUUCACCAUGGAUACCACGCAUAGCAACCUAAGUGCCUUGGAGUAUUACCAUGCACACAGUGACGUGUUGGAUGGAAUCAUUGAUGUCAGUGUCAAUCUAGCAGAUAACGUUGAAUUUCAGCUGAAUGCGCAAGCUAUUGAGCGUGCAAUGCAAACACCGGGGUCAGCGUUUUACAGUAAUGAAACACGUGUCCACGAGGUAUCGCACUUUUUCGCAUAUGCCGCUGAUGCCAUCACUUUGUAUGCGUUAGCGUUGAACGACACCCUUGCACAAGGUGGAAAUAUCACCGAUGGACGUCAUAUCGCUAAAAACAUGUUUGGCAAAACAUUCAAUGGUUUAUCAGGUGUAGUGUCAAUAGAUGAUAAUGGAGAUCGCAUUCCAUUCUACGAAUUGCGUAAUUUGAAUAACAACUCAUUCAUUAAAAUUGCAUCGAUUCUGACGAGUGGUUUGCAGGUUGUUGAGGAUCGAAAGGUAGUUUGGUUUGGCGGUCAAAAAGAGGUUCCUCUAGAUGAGCCUGUGUGUGGAUUCAAUAAUGAACACUGUGACGAUUCCUCAAAACUCGACAAGAAAUUAUGGAUAGCUAUUCCUAUCGUUAGUCUUGUCCUUGUACUCGCUAUGAUUGUUAUUCUACUUUCAUAUAAACGAAGAAACAAGAUCAGAAGUCUAUCGAGUGUUCUUAUCAGAUACGAGGAUAUUGAUAUGAUAGGAUGUAUUGGGACAGAUAACAAGGGAACCUCUUCUAUUAUGCAUAGCCUGGUUGAUUUCUCUACUCGAUCAGACCGAUCUUCACUUCAUGUCCCAUCAGAAAGCUAUGCGUUUAUUGGAAGAUACAAGAACAGGCAAGUCUACGUAAGGAAGUUAGCACUGCAGAAUCUAAACUUAAAUCAUCAAAUUGUGAAAGAACUUUUCCAGGUUCAACGAAUACUACACGUUAAUAUUAAUCCUAUUCUUGGUGUUUGUAUGACAACACCGAACAUGUGUAUUGUAUCCGAGGCUUGCAGCAGAGGAAGUUUACUGGAUAUUUUGUCCAACGAGGACAUCAAGCUCGACUUAACUUUCAAAAUGUCUUUUGCUACUGAUAUAGCAUCUGGAAUGAAGGCGUUACACGCCAGCGAUAUACGUUACCAUGGCAGYCUGACGUCAUCAAACUGUUUGAUAGACCGUACGUGGGGAUGUAGGAUUGGUGAUUACGGGUUACGUCACCUUAGAACACAAGAGAAGAAGUUCGAGGGAAACUAUGCAUCACCUGAAUACAAAGUUAUUCUGUGGACGGCACCUGAACACAUCUUGGAAAGAAAGCAAGGCUUCUUUACUGGGUCACAAGCAGGAGACGUGUACAGUUAUGGUAUAAUCUUAAACGAGGUGUUCACUCGAAAAGAACCGUUUGCGCAACUACGCACCCUCGUUUCCAUACAGGAAAUUGUCCGUCGCAUCCUAUCAUCAGAAAAGCCUAAUUGUCUACGACCUCCCACAAACAACGACAUCUGUGAAAAACUCAUUCAUCGAUGCUGGGAAGGUGACCCAUCGACCAGACCACAAUUCAGCUCAAUAAAAAACACACUGAGAAAACUCAAUGGAGGCAGAUCUCAUCGUCUAGUCGACACCAUGUUACGUAAGAUGGAGAUAUACAGCAACAACCUUGAAGAACUCGUGGAGGAAAGAACACGACAACUCGAAGCAGAAAAAGCCAGAACCGACGAACUUCUAUUUGAAAUGCUCCCAAGACCUGUUGCCGAGCAGCUGAAGGCAGGCAAGAGUGUUCAAGCCGAGUGCUUUGAUCAAGUGACGGUCUUCUUCAGCGAUAUCGUGGGAUUUACACAACUCGCUUCUUCAAGCACUGCUUUCGAGGUAGUGACAUUCCUCAAUGACUUGUACACGUACUUUGAUAAUAUCAUCCACCACUAUGAUGUUUACAAGGUGGAAACCAUAGGAGAUGCUUACAUGGUAGUGUCUGGGUUACCAGAAAGAAACCUUGACCGUCACGCUGGUCAAAUAGCUACAAUGGCGUUACAUUUGUUAUGUGACAUUCGACUCUUUAAGAUAAGACAUCGACCCGAUACUCAUCCUGAGAUGCGAAUCGGUAUUCAUUCAGGUCCUUGCGUAGCAGGUGUGGUGGGGGUCAAGAAGCCUCGUUACGAUAUAUUCGGGGAUACAGUCAACGUGGCAUCACGAAUGGAAUCCAACGGCGUGCCCAACAGGAUACAUAUCAGUAAAGAAUGUCGACAGGUACUGAUGAACCUUGGGGGAUACCACAUCGAACGACGAGGAGAAAUUGAACUCAAGGGCAAAGGUAGAGUCAUCACGUACUUCCUGAAUGGUAAAGACAACUUCAAUAAAACAAGACCAGAUCACUUAGAAUUAUUAUUGUCUUCUGGAAAAACAUUCGGUGAGUGUGGAAGGAAAGGCUAAACAGUGUCCAUUUGAAGAGUACCAAUUCAGCCGUCAAUUGGUCGAGAAAAUACUGAUUCAGCUGCUGAUUGGACGAGAGAAUACUGGUUCAGCUGCUGUUUAGUCGAGAGGAAUUGAUUCAGCUGUUGAUUGGUCGAGCGAAUACUGGUUCAGCUACUGAUUGGUCGAGAGAAUACUGAUUAAGCUGCUGAUUGGUCGAGAGAAUACUGAUUAAGCUGCUGAUUGGUCGAGAGAAUACUGAUCAAGCUGCUGAUUGGUCGAAAGAAUACUGAUUCAGCUGCUGAUUGGUCAAAAGAAUGCUGAUUCAGCUGCUGAUUGGUCGAAAGGAAUGCAGAAUUAAGUAAUUCAGAAUAAAAACUGGUACGCAAAAUGUUGGCUUGAAGACAGAACGAAAAGUGGGAUCGUAAAAAAGAUAUCUUUGUGGAGCCCACUGAGUGAUAUAUGAUAAAGAACGAAGUUCACGAUGAAUAGAAUAUGUACAAAGAAUAUAACUGACGAGUGUGCUGAUAUGCACUUUUUAAUGGCUCAAUUAAGCCCUAAUUCAACGACAUUGGUGUGUCAUCAUUAAUUAUAUAAAUUACAUACACUAAAAUAAAAUUUGAAUCAUUAUCA